UUUGCAACCACUGGAAACGAAGCGUUUAGAUUUAGAACAUCAGAAGAACAUGCAUCUUCGUGAAUCUUACUUCUUCUGUCAUCAUCUUCCUUUCCCAUCGUGUUAGGGUUUGCAGAGAUUCAAUUUCUCCCCAUUUCGUCACCGACCACGAACGAGGUACGCUAAUUCGUUAAGGGAACUGAAUCUAUAGGUGCAUUUGAAUUCCAGUAGCUUGAGCAUGUAAUAAAGAGAAAAUGGAGGCCGAGGUGCAAAACAUGCUUAAUUCAAAUCCUCAACUAGUUCCAGAGACUGAUGUUUCAGCUCAAAAUGGGGAUCCGGGUGUUUCCUCAUCUGAUGCUAAUGCUAUCAUGCCUGAGAUGCCUGCUCCAAAAAAACCGACGAGGCAGUGGGCUGCUUGGACUCGUCAAGAGGAGGAAAGCUUCUUCACCGCAUUACGACAAGUUGGGAAAAAUUUUGAGAAAAUCACUUCCCGUGUACGAAGUAAAAACAAGAAUCAGGUCAGGUAUUAUUAUUACCGGCUUGUGAGACGCAUGAACAAACUUCUUGGUCCAGGAUUAUCUUUGGAUGCCAAAAACUCCAAAGAUACUAAUACUGCAAUGCUUCGCUGGUGGUCGUUAUUAGAAAAGUAUAGCUGCAAAGCCUCAAAGCUUCACCUAAAGCCCCGAAGGUUUAAAAUAUUUUUAGAAGCCUUGGAGCACCAACUUUUGAAGGACCGGAAGAAGAAUGUAAGGAAGCGAUCCUUGCAGGGGGGAAGCUGUCUUCCUCCUACUCCUAGCACAGUCUCAAACCAACAUAGAUCAUUGGGAAAUGAUGACCUAGCAGAUGAUCUAGUUCUUGAUGAUAGUCAAAAUAAUAUAAAAGUAGGACCUUCAAAACCAUCACUGAAGCGCAAUGUAAACAUGGGUGUUAGCCGUAGUAACACUAAGGGAGAUUCGAAUACCAUGAAACCUACAAGGCAACGAAAGAAAUCUGGUAUGAACACAACAGCUGCAUAUAAAAAAUGGGAGAAGGCUGCAAUUGCCGGUGUUUCUUUAGUUGCUGAUGCUGCUGAGCAUUUGGAGCGAGCUGCUACUGUUAAAGAGGUUGAACAUGACCAGGAGAAUCCAGGAGAAAAAUGUGCUGAUCCUGUUGAACAUGUCCUGCCGUUACCCACAUUUCCACAAAAUCACUCUGUUGAUAACAACAUGCCAAACAGUAUGAAACUUAAGCUCCAGUUAUUCCCAAUUGAUGAACCUACCCGAAGAGCCUUGGAAAUGGAUAAGCAUAAUCCAUACUUGGAGCUUACACUUAGUACACGAAAGAAGAUAUCAUCGAUUUUGGAACAUCUAAUCCGUAAAUGGGGCAGUUCAAGCAUAGCAAUUGGGGAGUUAAUGCUUUUUCCGUAUGGCAUUCAAAAGGAAAACUUGGUUAACUAUCAGAGAUGGACCCAGGAAUGUACUCUUACUGCAGCAGAUAUACAUGCAAUGGUUGGAAGUCCGCCCAUAGUCCGUUUAAGGUAUGGUUGGUUCUCCAAUACCGAGCUUGUGGCAUUAAAUAUGCAAGUGCCUGUAGUAUCCGACUGCAUGCCUAAACAAUCCAAAGUUGGUGUGGACAAUACAAAUGAUCAGGUUAUGAAAUUGACAUCACGUCCUACGCCAUCAACUGAUAAUCAUUCCAUGGAGCUCUCUGAAGAUUGUGGAACAUCCUUGAACAGAAACUGUGCUCUUACCACUACUUCAACUGAUCUGCCUAAUGCUAGAGAUGAUAGUGUUUACCUGAAUACAAGCUCUGAGGAACCUUGUGAACCUACGGACAAUAUAUCAUGGCAUGGAAAAGAUGUUGGGGAUGGAACUGUGACUAGACAGUUAGAAGACAUGGAUGAGUUGAAAUUAAGCAGUGGAGCAGGGCUGUCAGCUGGUGCGUGGGCUGACAGCCUUACCAACAUUAGUGUGGGGGACCUGCUUUCAGGGGUAUCCCAGGACUGCCAUGAUCCUCCUGUUGCUGAGAAUUGUCACAGUGUUCAGCAAAUUCCUUUUACUUGUGAUUCUUUUGAUGCUGCUAUUGCUGCUCACAUAUCUAGACACCAAGAUAAGAUUGGACAGCCAGCUAUGACAUCUCAUAUGUCUUCCAUCUGGGAUGCUGAAGAAACAUGUGAUGCUUUCUCAUUUAGAAAGGUUCAUAGUUUUCAUGAAAAUGGUCCUUGUUUAUCUCCCGUUAAUUUAGAGUCUGAGAAAAAAGAUCCUGGAAGCUAUGAGAAGUUGGAUAAGCUGUCACCUGAAAAAGAGAGGCUUGUGGAUGAUCAAACAGACUCUACGCCUAUGGACAGUUCUGAGUCUGAUGCAGAUAUCCAGGAUCAUUUAGCGAAGGAAUUUAGCGGGAUAGCAGAUAUGUAUUGGCCUGAUUCUUUGGGACCGUUGGAUUUGGAUGUACCAACAACUAAGUACCACAGUGAAGAUCUACUUUUAAGUGAUAGUCUCAGUGGACUGAACCGCUUGAUAGCCAGCAGCCUGGAUGCGUUCCAAAACUGCUCCUUUUUUGGGGUUGACAAGAAGGAAGCACCAUCAACAGUUGAGGUUCAAGAAACUGCCACUCUUUCAGAGUUUAAAAUUGGAAGUGGUACUUGAUACUCAACAUGAUCUGACCUUCUCUGAUUUUCCCAUGAACUUUUCUGGUUCAAGUUUGCUAAGAAUAACUUUUUUCCUUGAACUAACUUGAGGUGUGCAUGCUGAUGAAUUGGUUUGAGCCACUUCAACUCUUCCUGUAUAUGUUUAUCUAAUUUGGGUCUCUUCCCUGUUUGUACAAAAAAAUGUCAUGGAAGGAUUGUAUUGUAUCAGUCUCGUUUGGUUCUGUCAGCUUCUGUAUAAAAUAUCCUCUUUUUUUUUGUAA